CAGGCUCUUGUGAAAAACAGAAUGUCCGAACAGAUCACAAUAAUUAAGGAAGAGGCUUCACAGGAUAUUUCCUAGAAUGAAGAAAUGUUGAACGCAGAGAAAACAAACCUGACUGGCAUCACAGAAUUUAUCCUCUUGGGGUUGGGGAACCCCUCUGAGUUGCAACCUCUUCUUUUCUUGCUUUUCCUGAUAAUUUAUCUUGUGACAAUAAGUGGGAACCUCCUUAUUAUUGUGCUGGUUGUAGCUGACCAACAUCUUCACAUCCCCAUGUACUUCUUCCUGGGGAAUUUGUCCUGCCUGGAAACCUUCUACUCCUCAACUAUCUUGCCAAAAAUGUUGAGCAGUUUUUUAACUGGGGACAGAAUUAUUACCAUGGGUGGAUGCCUAGCCCAAUAUUAUUUCUUUGGUUCUUUUGCAGCUACUGAAACUUAUCUCCUUGCAGCAAUGUCUUAUGACCGUUAUUUGGCAAUAUGUAAACCUUUGCUCUAUGCUUCUAUUAUGAGUAGGAAAUUAUGUUUCCAGCUUAUCAUUGGGGCAUGGAUGAAUGGGUUGCUAGUUAAUGGCAUCAUGAUGUUUCUGAUUGGUGACUUAUUUUUCUGUGCCCCCAAUAUCAUUGAUCAUUAUUUUUGUGACCUGAUUCCUCUAGAAAAGCUCUCCUGUACUGAAACAAGCCGAAUUGAACUAGCUACUUUUCUUUUGGCCUUUAUUUUGACUGUCACUCCAUUUGUUCUAACACUCACUUCUUAUUUUUCCAUUAUUACCACCAUCAUAAAAAUCAAAUCCAGUACUGGGAGGCAAAAAGCUUUUUCAAGCUGUUCAUCUCAUCUCACAGUAGUUUGUCUUUUUUAUGGCACCAUUAUGAUUGUCUACAUGUUGCCAGACACACCCACCCUGAGACAUCUCAAUAAAAUCUUCUCUAUCUUUUAUACAAUUCUGACUCCUUUGGCUAAUCCUAUCAUUUACACACUACGGAAUAAAGAAGUUCACAAAGCCUUUAGUCGUGUUCAGAAUAAAUUGACAUAUUUUUGGAAGUUAUAACUAAUAGGAUCCUUUUUUCUUUAAAGAACAUCUUGAGUGGAGUUGAUAAAUGUAGAAAUGCUGUAAGAGUCACCAAAGAAAGUUUUUAUAACUAAAAUUAAUUUUGCUAUUUUUUUAUAGCCAUCCACACCAUGUAAAUUUCUUUCUAUUCACCCUACAGCUUGUGAAAUUUCACAGCCUAUCAGUUUCUACAAUUUUUUCUGUCUCCCAUCUUUUUAUAUGGAUUUUAAAACAUUUGCUAAUGUAUGUGUACAAUCUGAAUAGUUUUGUGACUAUACUCCAAUAGUUUAUGUUUAAUUCCCAUUUAUCAUGUUUUAGAAAAGUUCGUGUUAUUUUUUUCUUAUUGUAGGCUUUUAAAAAAGUUUUUAAAAUUUAGAUAUAAUUUACAUUAUAAAUAAUCAUCAUAGAACCGUGUUAUGAAAUAAUUAUCUUUUAAAUAAUUAUUUUCUAUUGUUAAUGGAUAUGUUCUGCUAUUUUGUCUUAUAACACAGCUUUGAUUGGCUUGUUUACUUCUAUUUGUUCUGGUUGCUGGUUUACUUUUUCCUAGAAAUAUUGGAAAUAAAGUGAAUAAACCGUAA